AUGGCGGCUACAAGUGAUUCUCGUUUGGAUGCAAUUUUUGGCAACAAAAGAGUGCUUAGGCCAGGGGAAGAUGACGAAAAAUUGGAGCAAAUACUACAACUCAUUGCAAACGAUGAUCCUGACGUUGAAAUGUCUGAUGAUGAAAAUGAACUUGAAAAUAUGAAUAAUUCAGUAGCGAGAGAAGACGAAAUGAUUGAUGAAGAACUGCAGAGUAGCAGUGACGAGGAAGAAGAGGACAGAAUUCCUCUUAGUGUCCUUAAAGAAAAGUUAAGAAUGGCCAAAGAAACUUCCAAUCAUUCGCAGCGACAGUUUUGGAGAAGAAAUGAUACUUUUACACCUCCAAAUUUUGAAGGUCCCUCUAGUGAAUGCAGCGCACAGCUUCGCGAUGGUUGGACUGUAAAAUCAUAUUUAGCCAUGUACUUAGAAGAUCAUAUGUUCCAAAAACUACCCAGAGAGAAAGUAGUCGCUGUGGAUGAGCAGAUGAUACCAUUCACAGGAACUUGUCAAAUGAAACAGUUCGUUAGGGGAAAACCCAAUCCAGAGGGAUUGAAAAAUUUUGUUGUGGCUGCUCCUGAUGGUCUUGUCGUAGACUUUGAACUAUGUCAAGGCAAAAAUACGUUUCCAGAUAAUUCUGUAACUAUAUACUUGGUGUUGGACCUUCUGCUGUUGCUCGUCUUCGAAGAACAUUAUUUCCUGGAACUCAUGUGUUGCCCACAAAAAAGCGUUGAUUACACUUCAACAGCCUGUGCUGAAGGAGAAACAAUCACCGAAGAAGCAUCUGGAAGUUCAGGACCAGUACUGAAAGCUACCACAAAGAAAGCCGGACCCAGUAAGGAGCCUUCUAAAGAAAAGGAAAACGAGGAUUAGUGGAAACCGAUGAAACACGAAUUUAACAAUGACAGAGCUAGAACGUCUCGUUUUACUUGAACAACUACAAGUGUUUCGGCUAGCCAAGGAACUGCUACUUCACAAGAAAAAUAUUAAUGAAUCUGAUCCAAAUUUAUCAACUUUAAAUGAAAGUGCAUAAACUGG